UUCCAUGUCAUUCAUACACGUCAUUCACAUUGUUUUUGUUCUAAACGUUUCCACUUUCUUAAUUUUACCGUUCACGGACGAUGCUCAAAGACGAAGCAUCAAAGGGAGUAUUGUCGUCGGCGGCUGAUUCCGAUGAUCGAUCCCACCCUGAUUCGUAGCUCUAGCUCUGGCCCAGCUUCUACUUCAUCUGUCUCUUCCUCAGGUGUCUGUAGAGGCCUCCGCGACAAUACCGAGACGGAAACAUUUGAGCCGGCGGCACUGCUACAGGUACGGUUGGGGAUAUGGUUAUGGUCUUACGUUAGAGAAGAGAUCUUCUCAUGGAAGGAAAGUAACCAUCGAUCCUUUCACCAAAGAAAUUUUUUAAUCAUAUGCAUCCCAAUUCCCAAGGGGUUCCACUCAGAGGAAUGGGGAAGUGGAAUGGAAAGCAUAUCUAAGGGAUUCUCAGAGGAGAGUUUAAGCAGUGGAAAAUUACUCUUGGAACGUGUGAUCCAUCACCUAUGAUGGCUAAUCAGUUUUAUGAUCUUGCAACAGAGAAUCAUAUCUUCCAAUUAUACCAUCGAAAGCUUAAGGCCAGGCUCAAGUCUUUUCCAAAGCGUUGCAGGUAAGAUUAACUUUGGUCAUUUUCACCAUCAUGCAUAUAUCACAUUCAUAUUUUACUAUUGAAAUGAAUCUCUUCUGGCAUAGUAAUAUAUCAGAAUGAUAACCAGUGUAUUGUGUUAUCAAUCUUUGGCCUAGAAAACAUGAAUCUCUAAACAGAUUGCAUAAGAGAAUUUGCAGAUAUUGAUUUAUAGUUCCGGAGUUUGGUAGCAAUUGGCUUGUUGGUUAGUUCUCAAAUCACUAAGUUCUUCCGUUCAAGAACAAUAUGUAUAUAUGGUUGUUGGUUACAGAUUUUUUUCCAAUACAAAUGCUUGUUGGCCUCGUGAAGAAUAUAGCAAAUUAGCAAUAGCUUUUAGGUGGAAGUUGGUGCUGAUAUCGAUUUUGUGAUUUGCCAACUUUAGAAGGACACUUGUGACACCGCCAAUAUUAGGAUUGUUUUGAAUGUAAAUUUUAUUCAAUUUUAUUACUCGACUAAUUUUUCUAACAGAACAUCAUAUUUCUACUAAUCAAAAUUUGCACAAAAAGUAUUAAUAAAAUUAAAUUUAAACAAAUAACUAUUACCAAACAGAAUAAAACUUAAUAAAUAAAUAUUCAAUAAUAACACAAGUAACUCUCCAGAACAUGACACAUCAGAUUUUUAGAAGUUUGUGAGAUUGCCAUGUCAAUAAAUGAAAAAACUAUGAAAACCAAUCAAAUCAUUUCGUUUCUACACAUCAGUUUUGUCUCGUGC